AUGUUUAGUUUAGUUAAAAGAAUAAAAGAAUUUCCAUUAAUUAGUGGUAAUUCAAUUUAUAUAAAAAAUAAUAUAAAUGUAAUACAAUCAAUAAUACAACCAAAACAACAACAACAACAACAGAUUUAUUAUGCAACAACAACAACAACAACAACAACAACACCAAAAUUUAAAAGAGGAACAUUUGCAGGAAAAUUAAAAGAAAAACAUGAAAAAAGAAAAGCAGCAACUUUAAAACCAUCAUAUAUUAAAUAUACAUCAGAAGAUAUUAUAAAAAAAAAGAAAAAUGAUCCAAAUUAUCAAAAAAAAUCAUUUCAAGAUUAUUUAGAAGAGAAUCCAUUUUUCGUUGAAGAUUUAAAAAGAGUUAGAAGUCCAGAAUCACUUGUUAAAGGACCAUUACCAAUUGAAAAACCAAAAAAAUCAAUAGAUGUAAAAGGUGAACCAAUUUUCACUGAUGAAUUAUCUUCGGAAAAUGAUAGAUAUUUUGAAAAAAAGGUUCAAAAUUUAAUGGCUUUACAAGGUAAAGAGAAUAUAUCAGAAGUGAAAAUACCUUUAGAAUUGGUUGAACAAACAUUGGGUAUACAAAGAGAAUUAACAAAAAAAGAUAUUCUAUUUGCAAAUGUUUUCUUUAGUAAAGAAGCAUCAUUAGAUACAAUGGCAAUUAAAUCUGUUGAUUUUCCAAAGAAACAUUUUCCCCAAGUUGCAUUUUUGGGUAAAUCAAAUGUUGGUAAAUCAACCCUUUUAAAUUCAGUACUUCGUCGUGAUCUUGCCUAUGUUUCAAAGAGUGCAGGUUGUACAAAAACUAUAAAUUUCUAUCAAAUUUGGGAAAAACUUUAUCUUGUCGAUUUACCAGGUUAUGGUUUUGCAAAAGUUUCAAAAAAGAAAUCAACUGUUUGGGGUAAUGCAAUUUCUGAAUUUUUAUUAACCUCACCAAAUUUAUUUAAAGUAUUUUUAUUAAUUGAUUCAAGAAAUAAAAUUCAUAAAAAUGAUAUAGAAGCAAUGAGUUUAUUAGAUCAACAUAAAGUUUCAUUCCAAAUUGUAUUAACAAAAAUUGAUAAAACUACACCAUCAAUGCUUAGAAGUUUAUAUGGUUCAUUAAAGGAAGAAAUUCAAAAAACAACAUGUUGUUUACCAACAAUUAUUCAAACUAGUUCAGUUGAUAGUAAAGGUAUAGAUGAUAUAAGAACUACCAUUCUAAAUGUUACAAAUAUGGAUAGAGACUCUUUUAAACAUCAAGAAGGUAUAAAGAUGCCAUCACUCAAUAUUAUGAAAGAAAAUAAAAAAGAAAGAAAAAAAUAA